UCCAGGAAGCCGCCGGCGGCACCGGGAGACACCGAGGGCGGCAGCCCGCUGGUGGCAGCUCGCAGCGCCGCCCGCCCAGCCCGCCGCCAUGGGCUCCCCGCAGCGCCCGCCGCUCGCCCACGUCUUCAAGGGGACCUUCGUGCACUCCAGCGCCUCCGUACCCAUGGAGAUCCUCCACGGACACCUUCUGGGGGUGGACGAUGACGGGACUAUUGUGUUUUUGGAACAAAGUGAUCAGCAAGAGCAACUGGCUGAGAAAUGGGGUUUCAAAGCAUCUGACAUAAGACAACUGAGUAAACAUGAAUUCUUCAUGCCAGGAUUGGUUGAUACACACAUUCACGCCCCUCAGUAUUUAUUUACUGGUACAAGAGUAGACCUGCCUCUUUUGCAGUGGUUGACUACCUACACGUUCCCAACAGAAGCCAAAUACCAAGACAGUGGUUUUGCAGAAGAAGCAUACACCAGAGUUGUUAGACGAACUCUAAAGAAUGGCACGACUACAGCUUGCUACUUUGCAACAAUUCACACGGAUACUUCUCUUCUUCUUGCUGAAAUUAUAGAUAAAUUUGGUCAACGAGCAUUUGUUGGAAAAGUCUGCAUGGAUAUGAAUGACAGUGUGCCACAGUACAAAGAGAUUACUGCUGACUCUGUCCAAGAGACAGAAAGGUUUGUUAAAGAACUGCUGGAAAAGAAAUAUCCAAGAGUACAACCUGUAAUAACCCCCCGCUUUGGCCCUUCCUGCACAGAGGACUUGCUGUGUGCACUUGGAGAUUUAGCACAGGCUCGUGAUCUCCAUGUGCAGAGUCACAUAAGUGAGAAUGAAGAAGAAGUCAAACUUGUGGAGAACAUGUUUCCUGCCUACAAGAAUUACACUGAUUUGUAUGAUAAAAACAAGCUGCUAACCAGCAAGACAGUGAUGGCUCAUGCCUGUUAUCUUUCUGAAGAAGAGUUGAAACUUUUUAGUCUUCGUGGAGCUGCAAUUUCACAUUGCCCCAAUUCUAACUUUUCGUUGCGCAGCGGUGUCUUAAAUGUGCGAAAGGUCCUGGAACACAAUGUGAAGCUUGGUCUUGGCACAGAUGUUGCUGGUGGAUAUUCAGCUUCUAUGCUUGAUGCUAUCAGGAAAGCAAUGAUGGCAUCUAAUAGCCUUCAGAUCAAUAAAGUCAAUGAAACAGGACUAACUCUUGAAGAAGCUUUUCAACUUGCCACUCUGGGAGGAAGCCAAGCUCUAGGACUAGAUGAUGUGAUUGGAAACUUCGAGGUGGGCAAAGAAUUUGAUGCUCUGCUAAUCAACACGAAGGCUUCAGAUAGCCCUUUUGACUUGUUCUCUGCUGAUAAUUUUGAGGACAUUCUGCAGAAGUUCCUGUAUCUAGGUGAUGAUCGGAAUAUUUCCGAAGUGUAUGUGGCUGGAAAGCAAGUGGUUCCUUUCUCAAGCUCUGUAUAAAUCCAUUUGCCAUUUGCAAAAUACUCUGCUGAUCAUUCUCCAUCUGAUUUGGAAAAGAUUGAUUAAACACAGUGCCUGAUCAUCAGGAAUGACAUCUCAUUUUUGUUUAAUGUUAUGUUAUAAAAUUUGCAAACAUUAAAGAUUUUGUUAGACCUUUCAGGAGUUACUUUACCAAAAUUGUCAUAGUUCUAGAGUUCUAUUUAAAUUUCACUGCAAAAAUAGCAUUUUUGCAUUGAUAGGGGAUUUGAUAAAUACCUUAAUUAAAGAGGACACCUGCUGUUCUGUUUAAUAAUAGUAUAGGAAGCAUUAUAUGGAACAAUGAGAUACUCGUUGACUAAAAUGCAUAUAAAUUAAAAUAAAAACACUUCUAGUAAAUAGAUUUUGCAGCUAAUGAAUGAAAGAAGGCAAUUUCCAUAGUAUUAUCACCAGGUAUGGAAAAAACCUGGGGAAUUUAGAACAGUUUCCAGUUUUUCUUAGGAACUUUUAAAAAAAAAAAAAAGAAAAAAGUAAGUAUUUAAUUUAAAAUGUUAUUUUUUAAGAGGAAUUAAGUAAGAAGUGUGUGUUUAUAAAUAAUUCAGGGUCCUUAUCAUAGAGUUUAGAAUUGCCAUUUGUAGUCAGACACUUCAUUGAAUUACCUUCAUGUGAGCGACAGCUGAAUCAAACUUCUGCUAAAUUAGAAGCAGGGAUUAAGAUAUCUAUGCAGGCUACACAAUGGUCAACAAAUUAAGAGAGUGUUCUGGACUAGAGGGAGUGCUCCAUCUAGUUCAACCUCCUGCAAAAUCUUCCCAGACUCAUUUCCUCCUGGCUGUUCAGAGGGGAUGAUAUGAUGCCCCUUCUCCUUUCUGUAAGGGAAGUGAGUGCAUUUAAAAAAUAUCCAAGAGAAAUGGGCUUUUUCUGGCCAUUAUCACCUUUGACUUGAGAUGAAGACUGUCACUGGAAAAAAGCAGCUCAACUCUGCUGUGCUCUUUGUGUCUUUCAACAUGGCAGUCAUACUUCCAGCUCUGUACAAUUCCGGGUAUAAAAUAUGCCCUUUUGGUUUUAGAAAUCUGUGUGACUUCCUUUCCUGAAAAAAACAUAUUUCCCUACUUUUUAUCAGAGCCUUUUUUUUUAAAUAAGAUUUUUUUUGAGGAGGGAAUUGCUUCUUGUUUCUCUGUUAUGUUUUUGCAACACAAAGGAUGUAAGCUUUAAUUUCAGUGUCAUUAGAGACAAUAUUGUGUCUAGAUACUAUAAAUAUGGGUUGAAUAUGGUUUUAAGGCCUGCUUCAAACUUCUUCGAUUUCACUAAAGUUUGUUUUGCACUUUUAUCUCACUGCCUGGGGAUAAAGGACUUCCCUCUGUUCACAAAACAAGGGAGGUCACUGCACCAAAGUUUCACUUCAUGUCUACUUCAGAGAGAGUGCUUGGCCCAACAUCACUCAUAAUGUUCUGAUUUUGAAAGCAUUUUCAGAGCCUUUGUAUCAUUAUGAUUAUAUCUACACGAGACAGCAUAGCGUCAAGGGGAAAUGUAACAGCUAAUUUGGGCACUUAAAGCAGUACAGUCUGCCCAGUGGGGUUUUUUUGCUGAAGCUGAGGGGCCCUACUAAACAACAGGGAACAGUCCUGCAGUCCUGCAGUUACAUGGCUCACUGAGAGUUCACUCAGGUGUUUUCCCAGGGUGCUGCAUUGAGCUGCUGCUUGGCUGAGAUACAGCCUCCCUACCCAUUGAGUUCAAUCAUUCCUGAGGCUUUAGGAGUAAAGAUGGAUUCAGAUUUCCACAUUCCAUCGGGGUGUUUUUUCAACCAUUUUGUUUUUCGUGUGUCCCAAUCACCUACACAGUAGCACAGUCAUUUGGCAAAUACAAUCUUCAGCUUUUUAACUUGGUUUCCUGAUUCAGGGAGCACUUUUUCUCAUGAAUUUUGACAUGAAUUUAAUUGACCAGAUUUCACUUUCCAAAACCAAAGAUGUGUGAGACACAUGUUUUAAUCCUCCCAGUUACUGUCUGAAACUAUUUUUAGGUAGUUACAUGGUUUCCAACUUUGUCUUUUCUGCAAGAAUAUUUUCUGUUGUGAAGAAAGAUCACACAGCCUUGUAUACAAUGUGUGCUAGUGCUCCACUGCUAUGCCUCCAGAGCUAUGAAUUAAAUCAGUGCUUUUAUUUUAGUGGUAGUUUUAACUGUCUCUGACUUAAUUGUUUUUCCAUUAUUUUGUGGUGUUGUUAAGAAAGAGAUUCAGGAUUUCUUUUUAAAAUACGUGGGUGUGGAGAGGUUGCUUGUUUGCAAACUGGGAAUACAGAAGAACUUUGACAAGUUCAAGACUACACUGCUGACCCAGUUACAAAGGGACUCCCUAGGAUAACUGCUCCAAUGAGCUUUGUAUCUGACUAUUCGCUGUGUCAUGAGCAGUUUGAUAUUUGUUAAAUUCAGGAACAAGAUAGGAAUUCAGCCUACCUUUAUAUAGCUACGUAUAGCUUUACUAGUGUCUAGUAUCCAGACUUUAGCCAGACUUAGAAGUGGAAAAUUAACUUUUUAAGAAUCUCAGCUGGAGGAGGAGCUCUACCUGCAGGUAGUGCCAUGGGCUGCCCGCACCACCCUGCAAUGCCCAAGACAAGGAGGAGCGAGGACCAAGAUUAUGCUGAGGUGCUUAGGGGUAAAAAAAAGAAUUCUGACUUUGAUAUUUGAGAAAACCAGUGGUGGCUUCAGAUAACAAAUAAAUUGUGAGGGUCUUUUGACAGCAACAUCUUAAUUAGAAUUGAAUGGAAAAAUAAUGUAUGCCAAAAAAAACCCAAUUAAAUGGAGUCAUCUGAGGCAGUCCCAAAAGCUUGUUCAGUGGAAAAUGGCUUAUGCACAGAAAUUUUAAGGUUUUAGGUCAUACAGAGAAGUAUUUAGUAGUCAAACUUCUCUGAAGUAAUUUUGGGAAAGUCACUGAGGAUCCCACGGAGAAGUUUUGGUCCUUGGGACUCUCUACCUGUGUGCAUUGCCAAGAUACUUAUUACAGUUGGGGAGGAUCAGUAGAUGAAAGCAGUUACUGCUGAGACUUGUACAUCUACACUAUAUGCAACUCAAGACUACAUAUAUUAUGUUUCCUUGGACAAAUGCCUCAACUGUAUAUGCAGUUUGAAGCAGGCCAAAUAAUGGGUUCAGAUUCUUAGUCUCUCUUUUAGAGACUGGAGUGUAUUUGAAAGGCAGCUGAGCCUCCACCGUAGUUUCCUCCAAAAUAAGCUUAAUUCUUGUGUAUGAAAAUCACCCUGCAAACUGAACCAAGUUUAACUAAGGGGCGAUGAUUGGGAAUUCACUUCAGAACAGCAUUAUUGUCUCAAAGCAAAAUGCUAAUGGAGACUAGGACUUCGAAUGUUCUCCCUCCAUCCUUACUGUCACAGAACUUAGUAGCUGAAUACAAAGUGAAGCAACUCUCUUCCCCUUUCCUCCAUUUUCCUCACACCAAAAAAAAAAACAAAAAAAAAAAAGGAAAAAAAAAAGAGAAAAAAGUUUAAACCAAGACAACUGAACAUUAAGGGGAUAUGAAUAUGAAUAUGUGGAAGAAAAUUAAGAGAUAAUUUUCAAUUUGUAUAAAUUGACAUAUAUGACAGUAUAAAUUGACUGAUUUGAGAUGAAACCUCUGGAAAAAUAUACCAUCAACAGAUUCCAGAUGUCUCUCCCCAUGAGUUCUCUUACCAGAUGGUGGAUGAGAUCUUUGUUUCUUAAUUUGUCUUUAUGUUCAGUGGUAGCACACCCUUCAGACAAGUGAAAAAAAGGAUAUUUGUGAAGAGCUUGCUUGUUGGGACAAUAUGCUUAUUCUGUUCUAUGGUCAGAUAAGCUCUUAUUUAUUAUAAAUAGAAUGUAUUUGAAUUACUGGUAUAUGUUGAUCUCAUCAUGUCACUUUAGGUUUUGAAAUACUAGUAAGUAUUGCCUAUGCAUUAGGCAGCAUUAUUUGAAUUAUUCAUGUGUGGCAAGUGGAGUAUUGCACUUUAAAAUGUUGCCUUGGCCUAAUGUUUAUAUUUAUUCUGUAUUUUUUGUGCAAUCCUAUGGCUUUGUAGGGGAAAAAAUGUGUAUUUGUUCACUGUACUGAAAGUUUUGGUAAGUGGACUUACUGUUGGAAAAAGGAACUUUAAAAUGACCCUGUUUUAAAGUGUGUGCCUGAUUAUUCACUCAUGAAUGGAAAAAUUAUAGUGAUUUUAUGAACUUGAAGAGAAACAUUUUAAUUAAAAAUAUUUUCAGAUAAAUAGAAUUUUUUUAUAUUUUAAUUGUGAUCAUGCAAUGCAAGUUAACAAAAAGUAAUAAAAAUUCUUGCUAAAUAUCUAUGGCUUUACUGAGCAAAGGUGAACAUAACUGCUCUGGAUUAUUAAUUUUAAAAGAAUACAUAAGUCUUCAAAAACAAAAGGCCCAAAUUCUUUCAAAGAAUGUUCAAAUUUUAAAAGAAAAAAGCUCAGACAAGCUGUUAAAAAAUAUUCUUUUAAACAUUUCCAGGAACAAUCCAUAACAGAUGGUGGAUGGCUUUUAAAAUUCUAUAUUUGUAUGAAUAAAUGGUGUUGCCUUAUCUGCAGCCCUUAUCUGCAGGGGUCAAUUAAUCUGGAAAGUUAUGGUGUAGAAAAGAAGAAAGAAAAGCCAAGGGAUUUUGAAAAUUGGAGAAAGGACAGGGCAAAAAUUAAUUGCAGAAGAGAUUUGAAAAGAGUGGUAGCAGAAUACAAAAUAUUGCAAAGCAGAAAUGAGAUAGAUUAGAGGAACUCAUAAAAAGAAGAUGACGUCAGUGAAGUUUUAGGUGGGAAACCCUCAUUAAAGAAGAUACCUUCUCAGGCAAUGUUUUGUUAACUCAUGGACUUCAUUCCUUCAGAAAGUCAUUGAGGUCCAAAAACUGGGCAGAUUUCCAAAGGAGUUGCUUACGUGCUUAAUAAUACAAGCUCAAAUAGUUGUACCUGCUCACAGUGCAGUUAUAUAACAGUUUAAAACCUCUCAACCUCUGCUUCAAGAUUUAAAUCAGAAUUACCUGUAAGAGCUCCAGAAGAAAGGUAAUUCAAGGGCACAUUUUGUUUUAUCUACAGUUGUCCAACAAAGUGUUUGGCACUGAUCAGGACAGAGGCAGAAUUAGUUUGAUCCCAGGGAAAAAUCUCUGUUCCUGUAUGCCCCAGACACCAUCUCAUGUCAUGUAACUGUUGACUGAGUCCAACACAGGCUAAACCUCUGGUGUGACUGAAGUGACUAAAUACAAGCUGUUUUAAAAAUCAGAUUGUUUUGAAGUUAAGCAUAUUGCAGAGACCACAGCACAUUUUAAAUUGCACAAUCAUGUAUUUAAUACUAAACUUUUAAGUUCUAGGAGCUUUGGCUUAAAGCUGUGGGACUUUUAAGCCUUCGUGCAAUAUGUGCAACAACUUGUGCUUCUCUCAACAAGAAGCUAGCAAAUUACAUUUGCAAGGCUCUCUGUACAAAAAAGAGUAACAAAAAAAACAGAAACAAUUCCUGGGAAGCCAAAAGGACAUUAGCAACAUUAAAAACAAUCUGCUGUUUAAGGUUAAUAGAACUGCUAGGUUUUGUCAAAAGGCUGAGAAAUAUUUUUGGAGGGCAGUUUCCUGGAAAGUUGAGUGGAAAUUCUUUCUUACAAAAUGCCCAGAAUCAGAGUUGUGCUCCAACCAAGGAGGUUCCCUGUGGCUUUUGCAGAGGCAGUCACGUCUGUAGACCUGAACGCAAUAGUCCUGUGUAGAUUCACACUUCUUUACACUGUCAUGACGCAGAAGUGUGUAUUAGCUUUAAUUCUGGCUUUGGUUUAUGGUUUCUCAUACACUUGGUUUUGGUUUGGAAAUAAUUAUGCUGAAGAAGUGAAGCUGGGAGAAGGAUAAGGUUGAAAGGCAAUCUUACUUACACUGACUGCCUAGUGUUUCAGUCAAAAUAUUUGUCCCUCCGGGUAGGUGUUAUUGCGUUUGCACAGCUCUUAGACUCAGUGAUUUGGCUCUUAAUGACUUGAGUCAACUGGUAACAAUUAGACUCAGCCAAGACCAAGACAUAAACCAUGAGCAGCUGACAAAAACUUAAAAACGUUUUACUAUGAUUUGCACUUAAAUCACCAAUGGCUUUCCUUAGCCAAGGGCUCCUAGGCACAGUUAGGUAAAAAAAUUCCCUGGAUAAAAGCCUUUAGGAGAUGGGGCUAGCGUUAGUGACAAAUGAAGGCUUUAAACUGCACCCUGUCUGGCCUUGCAGCUUUGAAGCUGGGUUGUGUACCCCUUUAACAAAUUUUACUGAUAAAGCUUUUAAAAAACAUUUGCACAUACUCCUUAGCUAAGGAGGUUUGCAUCCCUUGCUUCAAGACAAACUCUUUCCCCAAAGGAGAGUUCGCAUCUCACUGGAGUAGGUUUUCCUGAUACUGGUCUUUGAUUUGUCUGCUUGUGACCUGUUGUAUAUAAGCUCUGGUACUUUCACAUGUGAAAAUGCCUAACUGGAAUUAAUAUUGUUGAAUUUAUCCUUCCUGUUGUACUCAUGCAGUUUCAAGGAAGAGCAAUGUAUUAAGAAAAAUGGUGUAUGUGAUUUCCACUGUUCUGCUUGGUUUUGGUCAUGCUAAAUGGGAAGUAAUGUUGAAACAAAAUAAAGAGGCCUUGUGUUUACACCAGA